AUGAGCACGCGUUUCCUUCCUUUUGUGAUACUCUGACUGCAGCUCAAGCGCAAUAACAGGGGCAGCACCAACGCAGGAGUGGAGGCUGGGCUUGCACAGCUGGAAGUUAGCAAUCGACAGAAAACCUGCUGGGCUAUUUCUUUUUCCUCUCACUCAAGACUAAAACCGAACACAGCGGAGCACCGUUGCAAACAACAACAGAAGCCACAAAGAUAAUGAAUAGUUUACUCCUAGUAAGUUAAAAAAAAAAAAAAAAAAAAAAAAAAAAGAGACUCGAAGUACAUAUUUCUACAUUUUUGUUCUUUGUUCUGUGUUUGCAUGUUCUUCCUCCUGCAAUGUCUGGAUCUCUGUGUAAAAGUUUAUAUGGAUUCUCUGGAGAACAGCAUCAGCAGGGUUUGAGGUUCGAGGCUGGGGAAAUUAUAAAAGUUUUGCAAGUGGCUGACAGCGGCUGGUGGGAAGGAGAAAGGGAUGGAGUCCGGGGAUGGUUCCCAGCAAGUUACGUCCAAAUAUUAGAGAAGCCAGUAUCAAUUAGCCCCCUGCCUGGAGAUGAGCCAGGAAACAGCCCUCUUCCUGAGGGAUGGCAAUGCUACAUGUCACCACAAGGGCGCCGGUACUACGUCAACACAUUCACAAAAGAAACUACCUGGGAACGACCAACCAACUCCCCUGGUACUCCAAAGAGCCCUCUGUCACAGAAGAACUCCAUACCCACAGUUAAUGGCUACCACACAUCAGGAAGUCCAUUACACCAGCCAGAUCAGCCGCACCCGUCACUGAGAAAACCCAGCAGUGAUCUACAGAGCCCAGGGUCGACGUCACCCUCAAAAAAACAGAUCAAAGAAACCACUAUCACUGUAAACUGUGUGACAUUUCCCCAUCCAAGCACCAUGCCUGAACAGGAGCUACUGAAACCUGGCGAGUGGAGCUAUUGCGACUACUUUUGGGACGAUAAGAAGGAUCCCCAGGGUAACUCCUCAGUGUCUGGGUUUGAUGUUCUUCUUCAGAAACAGCUAAAGGGCAAACAGAUGCAAAAAGAAAUGGCAGAAUUCAUGCGGGAAAGGAUAAAAAUUGAAGAGGAGUAUGCAAAGAGUCUUUCAAAGCUUUCUCAGAUUUCUUUAGCAGCACAGGAAGAAGGGUUCCAAUGGCUGUGCAGGACACCUGUGAAGAGAGUACAUGUGAGUGAGUGCAAGCCUGGCACUCUGGGAGAAGCUUGGGCUCAGCUGAAGAAAAGCUUGGCAGAUGAGGCGGAAGUUCAUCUUAAAUUCUCCUCCAAGCUGCAAAGUGAAGUGGAGAAACCUCUUCUUACAUUCCGAGACAGCUUUAAAAAAGAUAUGAAAAAAUUCGACCACCAUAUCACUGACCUUCGAAAACAGCUAUCCAGUCGCUAUGCUGCAGUAGAAAAGGCACGGAAAGCGCUGACAGAAAGACAGAAAGACCUGGAGAUGAAAACCCAGCAGCUGGAGAUUAAACUGACCAACAAAACAGAGGAAGACAUCAAGAAAGCAAGGAGGAAAUCCACACAAGCAGGUGAUGAACUCAUGCGCUGUGUGGAUCUCUACAACCAAGCCCAGUCCAAGUGGUUUGAAGAGAUGGUGACGACAACUUUGGAGCUGGAGAGAUUGGAGGUGGAACGGGUAGAGAUGAUACGGCAACACCUUUGUCAGUACACACAGCUGAGACAUGAAACCGACAUGUUUAACCAAAGUACUGUGGAGACGGUUGAUCAGCUGCUUCAGAAGGUUGAACCUGCCAAGGAUCGGGAACUCUGGGUGAAAGAGCACAAGACUGGGGAAAUCCGGCCGGUGGACAUGGACAUAUAGAAACUUCCCAGUUUUACUUCUUUUGGUUGGUUUAGUGAAGUCAGAAACAGAUUUCAUGUACAGACUGGUAUAGCAACUUAGCUUUUCAGAGGUAAUCAAUACACAACAGAUACUGUAACACUUUUGGGCUUAAUGACCAUUAUAAAAACUGCAGCGGGACUUUGAGCUUUCAUAUUUUUACCAAAAAUAAAUAAAUAAAUAAA